GCUCCGACGAAACGGGGCGGGGCCUCAGCGUCGGCUCGGCGCGACCGGGAGCGGGGCAGGAAAAGCUCCCGGAACCUGCGCGCCCGGCGGCGUCCCCUGUCGGAGCUAGUCCGAGACGGCGACUUCCGCUUCCGGGGCUGACAUGGGGCAUGAACAUGAACAUCGUCAUGGGAAAAUGGAACUCCCUGACUAUAAACAAUGGAAGAUAGAGGGUACUCCGCUACAGGAUGUCCAAGAAAGACUGGCUAGGCGGGGUCUUAGAGAUCCAUGGCUUCGCAAUGACGCAUGGAGAUAUAUGGGUGGCUUUGCAAAACCUCCCACUGUUGUGGACGUUCUCACCAAAGGUUUCAAGUGGGGAUUCGUAGCCUUUGUGGUAGCACUUGGGGUCGAGUACGCACUGUUUCCUCCGAAGAAAAAUGGAGGACAUCACUGAAAAUGGAAUAGCAGAACUUCUCGAAGUUAUUUACACAGUUCUAAAUUAAAACAUGUUAUACAAUAGCUUACUGCUUUUGUUGCACGUGUAAAGAUGCCUAUUAAAAUUUCUCAUUGGCAAGA